ACGGACGGUGAUAGGCUUUUGCCUGGCGUUGCUCAGAAGCCUGGUUGGUGCUCGGCGCGCCGUGUGUGAGAGCGCGUGUUUGGCAGCGGGGCCAGGGAGGGAAAAAGUGCAGGGAGAGGCGCCUCCAGGCUGCUCUCCAGUGACAUUCGGCGUGAGCAACACACUUCCAACUCACAGCCGGGCGGGCGAGCGUGAGACGCGCCCCACCUCGCCAGCCCCUCGGCUCUGGCGCUUUUUGCGUGGAGCUCCCUCCCGAGUCCCGGCACACCUGUGGGGACCUCUGAAGGAACCCUACCAGCCCCCUUCCUUUCCCUCCAGCCUGGGCUCCUCUGGCCCGUCUCUUGGAGGCUGCCUGGCCCUCUGCGAAGAGACUUCUGGAGAAUGGGAAGGGCCCGCCGGGGCUUCGCCUGCCAUUCUUCGCGCCGCUAAAAGGAACUCGCGCAGGCUGCGAGGGCGAAGCCGGUCUCCCCACAGCCGUCGGGACAGGAGGGCUGCCAGCAGGCGGGCGAGCGGGCGCGCUCCGUCGGUGCUGCUCAGCGCCGCCCGCACCUUCGCCUCGGACUCGCGCGGGGAACUUGGGCAAAGUCGGCGCGGGCUGAUCCAGGCUGCGGCUGGCGGUUCAGGCAUUUUGAUUCUUCACCUUGAAAAAUUAGCAAAAUAUUCUGAGGAAAUCUUGCUAUUAUCUACAGACAACCAUCAGGUUUCUGUGAAGAACAUGUGAAAGGAUGUUCUUGUUGUAUUGUUCCAUGCCCUACCUUCUGUUGCUGCUACCGUUUAGCUCCUGGACCCAGAAGUUGCCCACUAGAGAUGAAGAACUUUUUCAAAUGCAGAUCCAGGACAAAACCUAUUUCCACGAUUCAUCAGGAAUCCCAGAUGGAGCUGAAAUUAGCAGCUAUCUCUUCAGAGAAACACCCAAAAGAUUUUUCUUUGUGGUGGAAGAAGAUAACACACCCUUGGCAGUUACAGUAACUCCUUGUGAUGCUCCUUUGGAAUGGAAACUGAGUUUGCAGGAGCUUCCAGAAGAAUCUAGUGGGGAAAGCUCAGGUGAACCAGAGCCAUUGGAACAGCAGAAACAACAGAUUAUCAAUGAAGAAGGAACAGAACUGUUUUCGUACAGAGGAAAUGACGUUGAGUAUUUUGUGUCCUCCAGUUCUCCUUCUGGCUUGUAUCAGCUGGAACUCCUGUCAACAGAGAAAGACACACACUUCAAAGUAUAUGCUACCACAACACCAGAAUCAGACCAACCAUAUCCUGAAUUACCUUAUGAUCCAAGAGUUGAUGUCACAUCUCUUGGACGUACAACUGUCACUUUGGCAUGGAAACCAAGCCCUACAGCCUCACUGCUGAAACAGCCAGUGCAAUAUUGUGUGGUCAUUAAUAAAGAACACAAUUUCAAAAGUCUCUGUGCUGUUGAAGCGAAACAGAAUGUUGAUGAUGCCUUCAUGAUUGCUCCCAAACCUGGCCUGGACUUCAGCCCCUUUGACUUUGCCCAUUUUGGAUUUUAUUCCAACAGUAAUUCUGGCAAAGACCGUAGCUUUUUAAAAUCAUCAUCAAAGUUUGGGCGGCAUACCUAUUCCAAACCCAAAAUUGACCUGGAAAAAAUAUGCAUAGGAAAUAAAAACAUCUUCACUGUGUCUGAACUCAAACCAGAUACACAGUAUUACUUUGAUAUAUUUGCUGUAAAUGUUCACACAAAUAUGAGUACUGCCUAUGUUGGUACUUUCGCAAGAACCAAAGAAGAGGCCAAGCAGAAGACAAUUGAUCUCAAAGAUGGGAAAGUUACAGAUGUCUUCAUCAAAAGAAAGGGCUCUAAAUUUUUACGGUUUGCUCCGGUCUCAUCACACCAAAAAGUUCUUUUCUUUGUUCAUUCAUGCCUCGAUGCUAUACAGAUCCAAGUCCGAAGAGAUGGAAAGCUUCUUUUGUCUCAAAAUGUUGAAGGUGUUCGCCAGUUCCAACUUAGGGGUAAGCCUAAAGCUAAAUACCUCAUUCGACUGAAAGGUAGUAAGAAGGGUGCCUCCAUGUUGAAGAUUUUGGCUACUACAAGGCCUAAUAAGCAGUCAUUUCCAUCUCUUCCUGAAGACACAAGAAUUAAAGCCUUCGAUAAACUUCGCACUUGUUCUUCAGUGACAGUAGCCUGGUUAGGCACACAAGAAAGGAACAAAUUUUGCAUUUAUAGAAAAGAAGUGGAUGACAAUUAUAAUGAGGAGCAAAAGAAAAGAGAGCAGAAUCAGUGCCUGGGACCAGACAUGAGGAAGAAAUCUGAAAAGGUCCUUUGUAAAUAUUUUCACAGCCAGAACCUACAGAAGGCCGUUACUACAGAGACAAUUAAAGGUCUGCAGCCUGGCAAAUCCUACCUGCUAGAUGUUUAUGUCAUAGGACAUGGUGGACAUUCUGUCAAGUAUCAGAACAAACUGGUGAAAACAAGGAAAUUCUGUUAGUGAUGAUCAGUGGAACAUUAUCCAUCACUAAACGUACAGAUUGACUACUUAUAAAGCUGACAAGUUGUGAACUGUGUUGGUACUACGUAGAGAAGAUAACAUCUAUAUUUAUGUUUACAAAAGUGAUUGUGUGGAGGGUCUGACCCUGGCAAUCUUUGCUGGUAUCUGACAAUUGCAUUAUCAUGUGUCUGGUGGUUCAUGUUUGAUGCUCGGUAGAUAUCCACACUAGCAGGAAAUCUUGAAGGAACUGUCCGUUUUGCUUCCAUAUUGCAUGAAGUGCUUCUAAAUUAUUUUAUUACUGAGAAGGCUGAGAUGUCAUUCAAUCACCUUGUUAUUCCACUCUAACAACAUUCCCACACAACCUCUAUCUCUCUUUGUAGACUAUAGGAUUAUGUAAAUUAUUCUUGUUGGAAAUGUCUAUGUCUCCAUAAGUGUAAACUAUUUAAAAAUUCCCUGUUAAAACACAGAUCUAUUACCUGUUAUUAACUGGACUGAACAUAGGUCAGUUUUAUUGCUAAUUUGUAAAUUCCUAUCUGGUUAAUUUUAAAUGUAUGUAUUUCAUGUACAAAAUUGUCAGACGUUAUAUUCCUGUACAUAAAAUUAAAAUAUUAGAUUAUAUGUUCCUUUUU